GUGGUAUCAUUGAAAACCGUUUGAAAGAGGAGAUUAUACGUUGUAGAAAGCGGCACGUCGCGUAUUAAUUUUAGUGUUUUUGAACUAUACACCUUAUAAUAAAAGUGCUAGUUAAAGUAAUCUGUCGCAAUUUUGUGAAAUAAAACGCAUUUUAGUGACCAGAAACAUGUUUCGGUCGAAAAAAGACGUUGAUCGACACGUUCAAGAUAUUUUUCGUAAACUAAAAAACGACAAUGAGAAACCAUACCGUUGUUAUAGUAUAGCUAAAUUAUAUUAUCAAGUGGGAGAUUAUGAAUCUGCCAAGAGAUAUGUAUCUUCUUAUUUGGAAAUACGAGAAGAAUCAGCAAGCGCACAUAUGUUGUUAGGUCAAAUUCUUGAAGCAUUAGGAGAAAAAGAAGCAGCAAUUAAUCAAUAUAAAAUAUCUCUUGGAUUAGAUGGAAGCCAAAAUAAUUUAGUCUUAAAAGUUUGUGAAUUAUUGGCGGAUAUGGAUACUGAUACGGAUGUUAAUCGUAUCAGAUAUUGGGUAAAGAGAGCUGAAAAACCAUAUCCACAUCAUCCUGUAAUAUUCAAAUUAAAAGAAAAAAUGUUAACAGCAGAGAGACCUAAUGAUAAUAGCGAGGAUCUCGAAGCCUUAAUUGCAUCCGAAUUAUCCAUCAAGCCAACAGAUGUGGAACUGCGUGUUAAAUUAAUUAAAUAUUAUAUAACAAAGCAGAGAUUAGAAGAUGCUUAUAAUCAUGCUGCUAAUGUGGAAUCAACAUAUUGUCAUAGAAACAGCAUUGUAUGGUAUCAAUCGCUUGUCGAGUUAUUGGGAAAAUUCAAAAAGAACAAAUUAGAUGAUUGGUCAUUUUGGGUCUUUUAUAUAUCCACAUUAGAAAGAUAUGCAGCACUUUCUUUGAAGGAAAACAGCAAUGAAAUAACUAAAACAAUACCGGAAGCAAUGCAAGCAGUAUUUAAUUUUGAUCAAGCUUUGAAUGAGUUUAAAUCAAGAAAUAUGUCUAGUUAUUCAAUAUACACGGAAGAAAUGCUAACGCAUAUGUGGGGUCAAUUACAUUUUCAUUUAGCCUGUUUGUUAUUACGCAAAACUAAAAGAGAACAAGGCAGUUGGGAUGAAACAAGUCGACUUUGUUCAGUUCUAUUUUUAUUUGCAUUACAUGUACAUCCUAUGGAUAUGACAGCUUCAUGGACUGUCCAUGGAAAAGAACAAUUUAAAAAUUUAAUUCCAGUAUGGGGUAGAGAAGGAUCAUACAGAUGCAGUCAGGCUGGUAAUGUUCUCCAAGAUUGUGCAAGAAAUAAUGUCAAGAAGCUCAUGAAUAAAAUUGAUACAUUUUUCUACACAGAAGCAUGGAGAGAACGAAUUUAUCAGAGAAUUUUUGUAUCCAAACUAUAUCAAAAUCUUAUAAGAACUUCACAUUUUUGCAAUCAUACAGUUUGUAAUCCACCCCUUCAUUUAUGCUUACCAAAUGAAUUAAAACGCUACGAUGAAGAUUCUGAAGAAGUAUGGCCAGAUUCGUUACAUCAUCAUGUUUGGCUUGGUAUUAGAAAUCGACUUCAAAAUAUUUCGAAGAAUGAUCAGACAUAUCCUCAGCAGUAUUCUCAUGUAUUCUCAGACUUGCAAUUUUCUGUUAAUAAUUUAAAUCAACCUACUCCUGAUACAUUAUGUAAAUUAGACAUUGAUGCAUUUUUAAAUGCUGCAGUUUUAUGUGCUGCUGUAAUGGUUGAAGAUCAGCAGCAAAGAGGUUUCAUAACUCGAGAGAGACUUCCGACUCUACCAGCAGAUUUAACUAGUUCCCUUUGUACAUAUGCUCAAGAGAAAUGGUGGUCAUAUGCAUAUAAAAUGUAUUCCAGAAAAGAGACAUUAGAAGGAGAUUUAGGAGAAAUUAGACAAGCAUUACGACAAGGUUUAGAAACAAUUCGUUGUAUCGGCAAUCAUGGUCUGCAUCCAGUAAUUCUAGUACAUUUAGCACGAUUAUUUCAUCAUAGGGUUAAAAUAUUAAAAGAAAAAGAUCAAGAACAUCCUGACAUUGCUGCCUUAGAGAUUCGAAGUGAACUUUAUUGGUCAGCUGUUAUACCUCUUCUUGAAAGAUUGCAAAAUAAUCAAACUAUACGUGUAACAAAUACGAAAUUAUUUAAUUAUGAAGGAAAGAACAUGAGUAAUGUAGAAUUAACUAAUGCUUUGGAAGAAGGUAGAUUACUUUUGGCCCAACGCUUUGUCCGUAAUAAACAAUAUGAAGAGGCUAUUGAUGCAUUGCAAAUAUUGAAAUGCCCGGAAGCUACAUUUCAGCAAGGACAAAUUUAUAAAAUGCUUGCUGAUGAGAUAGUUGGUUCUAAGCCUAGAGAAAGCUUAACAUCAGAGAUGAGAUCACAGCAUAUUAUAAUGCUUUCCAAAGCUAGAAAUUGUUAUUAUCUUACUUUAGAUCGAUUACGUAGUCCAGGAAUGAAUUUGAAACAACCAUUAGAUUCUGAGCUGUGCUUACAUAUUUCAGCUAUAGAAAAUGAAUUAAAAAGGAUUGAUCCAGAUAUAUCACGAGGAGAUUUAAGUAGAAAUGAGUGUGAUGUUUUGUCGAAUGAAAGUUAUUCACCUGAACAUAGUGGCAUUGAUCAACCUAUAACGACUGUACCUAUAUCCACGUUAACUGGAUUAGGCACUCCUGUGAAUAUAUUAAGUACACCACAAAAGAAUACCCAUCGUACACCAAAACAAUCUAGUACACCUUGUAGAGCACAAAAUCAAGAUAUUAUAGACUUAUCAAGAAAUCGCACAGAAGCACGUCCAAGUCCUGAACGGCUUGAUGCUCAGAUACGUCAAAUGAUACAUGCUAAAGAUACUGUUAUGCAAACAAUCAUAGAACAAAAUAAAACUAUAAUAGAAAAGAUAGAUGAAUUAACAAAAGAAAUGGCAGAGUUAAGAAAAGACUCUCAAAAACAGCAACAACAACAACAACAGCAACCACCACGUAUUCAACCAACUAACUUUAACUCUAAUAUAGAAGAUGAUUUAUACGUUCUUGGCGAAGAAGAUUACGGUGAUAUAAAUUAUACCACCAAUCAGUCAGCUCAAGCAUCUACUAUUUCCGGAAACAUUUUUCCACCAUCUCAUAGACAUCCUUAUUCACCAUUAGUAUACCCACCAGCAACAGCUUUCCAAGGUUAUUAUCAAGGAACAAUACCAUUUACUGAUCCAAAUGCACAAGCAAUUCCACCGCUAUAUCCUCCGAGUGUUUAUCCGAUGCCUGUAUUGUAUCCUAAUCGACCUAAAGUACCAGACAUGUUGCAACAAGGUCUUUUUGCUGCAUCAAGAUUGGCAACUCAAUUGAAUGAUCUUAUAACACCUCAAACUAAUGUACCGUUGCAAAUACCAAUGCAGAAAGUAGAAGUGACAAAACCUCAAUCUAUAGUAAAAGAUACUUCUAAUAAGAAACUUCCACCUGUUAAUGUUGUAAUAACUACUUCAGAUACACUACCAACUACAGUACCAUUAGUGCAACCUACUCUGAGUGUUACUAUCCCCGCUCAAUAUAGAAUGGGAAAUACUUCAACUGUUACAACUACUAUAGAAACACAAAAUGUUCCACAUUGUUAUCAAAUUUCUAUGCCAUCUCAAGCAACUAUUCCAACAACUGUUAAUUUACCACCCCUAUCUACAACACUUACAUCAACGCCAGCAAAUAUUUCUUUAUCAGAGACAUCAAAAAGUAAUAACAUUGAAAUACGUUCAAGUGAUUCACCGAAUAGUUCUGCUGAGUUAAUGCACGAAUCAGAACACGAUCCAAUACCAGAUUUUGUUCCUGUCAUACCAUUACCUGCUGAAGUUAAAGUUAAAACAGGCGAAGAAGACGAAACUACGUUAUAUUGUGCGCGUGCGAAACUUUUCCGUUUUGUCGAUAAAGAAUGGAAAGAACGUGGCAUUGGAAAUGUUAAAUUAUUACGAAAUGCAGAAGGUAAAGUUCGUUUGUUGAUGCGCAGAGAACAAGUUUUAAAAAUCUGUGCUAAUCAUAUGUUAAGACCUGACAUGGAGUUAACUAGUAUGCCAAAUACUAAUAGAGCAUGGAUUUGGGUUGCAAAUGAUUUUGCAGACGAAGAAGUUAAAGUUGAAAGACUUUGUAUCAGAUUCAAAACUACUGAAGAAGCUCUCUCGUUCAAACAACAUUUCGAUGAUGCUAGAGCCAGCUUAUCAUCUAUAAAUGAAAAAGUAAUUAAUGAAAAUGAUAAUAAAUCUAUAACGACGACUGUUAAAGUUUCGGAAGAGGAAAAUAAUUUAUCAUCUUCAACAAUCACGAAUAAUGUGCCAUUAGAUAAAGAAAAACCUGCUACAACAGCAGCAGCAAUUGUUGGUGGAUUUUCCUUUACUUCAAAGCCGAUUAUUCAAACGGUUUCUACUGAAAUAGAAAACGCAUCCCAAAAACAAAAUGAAACACCAAAAGUAAGCCCAUUUAUAGGUUUUUCAUUCAAUAAACCUGACUUUAAUAAAACACCAGAGAUUGCAGUCAGCUCUGUAGCAUCAAAAAAUGUGUCUACACCUGUGACAACGCAAGCAACUAUUUUUUCUUUCUUAAAAGCAAACCCAAUCUCUUCUACUUAUUCUGAACCAACAACAACUUCUGUUUCUAUUGGUGUACGCGAUGUAACUACAGUCACUGCGUCUCAAACAGCAGCAAUUGUUUCUACAACUUCGGCAUCUCGUGUCUCAUUGAGAAGACCGCAUGCACCUGCACUUGCACCUGCGAUAUUAAACAUCACAAGUACUACAAGCGGUAUCACUCAAAAAUCUGUAUUACCUGGCCAAGAAGAAGGUGAAACAAAAGUUUUAUUUGAACAAAAAGCAAAUCUUCAACGACAAUACAAAGAUAAUAAAAAUUGGGAGAAUAAAGGUGCUGGACAGAUGAAAAUUAUAUUGAAUAUAAAAACAGGAAAUUUGAAUUUAUUAAUGCAUAGAGAAGAGGAUUCCCAAGUUAUAUAUAAUCAACAGAUAUUACCAGAAAUGAAAUUUAAAAUUAAACCUAUUAACAAAAAUUUAAUUACUUGGAUAGUUUUUGAUGCUACAGGAGAAAAUAAAUUGGAAUCAUAUUCUUUAAUUUUUAAAAGUCCAGAGCAUGCAUCAAAAUUCUAUGAUAUUAUUACAAACGAUCAGCAGAAACAGAAAACAUCUGAAACCUCAAAUGGAAAUAACAAUGUAAAUGCAGAAAAUAAACAAGUACCUUUAGCAGAAUUAUUUAAACCUUCUCCAGGAUCUUGGGAAUGUAAUGCGUGUUAUACUAGAAAUGAUGGUAAACAAUCAAAAUGUUUAGCAUGCGGAGAAUCGUCUCCACUUGCAACUACUAAUGCACCUACUGGAACAGUCGAGUCCACAGCAUAUACUCAACAAGUACCACUUUCUCAGUUAUUCAAAAAACCUUCUGGUUCAUGGGAAUGUAAAGCAUGUUAUAUUACAAAUUUGGAAACACAUAAUUAUUGUGUUGCUUGUGAUAGUCCCAAAGAUCCAUCAAUGCCACCUAAACCAAAAACAAGUGGUUUCAAUGUAGGUUCAAUAUCUUCUGAGUCCAUAUCUACAUUUACUUUUGGUAUUCCUCAAGAAUCUGUUAAAGAUACAAGUGGAGGAUUUACAUUCCGAUUGAACAAAUCAUUAGAAACGGAUAAAGACGAGUCUGUAAAUAAAGUACAACCUAAUGUAGGAAUAAAAACUAGUACAGAUAUGAAAAGCAUAUUUGGAGGAACGUCACAACCACCAAGUACUCAACCGUCUCAAGGUACAACACAAUUUGUAUUUGGUUCUCCUGGGAAGUCUUUUGGAUUUAAUUUUACAGCAAAAUCGCCCGUAAAAUCACCUGGCGGAGGAGAAACAAGCGACGAAGAAGUCGUUGAAAGCGAUGACAUACAUUUUUCACCUAUAAUUCCAAUGCCAGACGAGAUAGAAGUUAAAACUGGGGAAGAAGACGAGGAAAUACUUUAUAGUCAUAGAGCUAAAUUAUUCAGGUAUGAUUCUGCAGCUAAAGAAUGGAAGGAACGUGGAUUGGGUGAUAUUAAAUUAUUAAGACAUCAUCAAACUAAAAAAUUGAGAUUAAUAAUGAGACGAGAUCAAGUAUUGAAGUUAUGUUUAAAUCAUUGUCUUUUGCCUGAAGUAGAAUUUAAACCAAAAGAUGAAAAAACUUGGCUGUGGAAUGCUGCGGAUUACAGCGAAGGAGAAAUUGAGUAUAUGCAAUUUGCGUGUCGUUUUAAAACUUCUGAAAUUGCAGCUGAUUUUAAAAGAGCUAUUGACAAUGCCAGAGAAUCGGAUAAUUUAUCGCCAAAUAAUGAAAUUAUUCAAGAAGAACUAGUACAACAACAAAGAGCAAAACCUUCUCAAGAUAUUCAAGUUGUAUAUGAAUUUAAAGUUACACCCGAAGAAAAAGCUGCUGCUUUAAAAUUACAACUGCCAGAGAAUUUUUAUGCUUACAAGCAAAUGGAAGAUUGUCCAGGAUGUAUAGGAUGCAAAGAUUUAACACCUCCGAUUGAAGAUUCGCAAUCUCAAGGAGAAUUAAAGACUAAAGGAACUUUAAGUUCAACUAUCUCAACUCCAAAGACGUAUAGUAUUCCUAUGAAUCUAAAUUCGCACAUUAGUGAAAUUAAAACUUCAGAUAAUGGAAAUGAAAAAGAUCAAAUAAAUGCGUCUCCUAGAAUUUCAUUUAUGACAAAAUCAGAUAAUACUGAUGCAAUAAGUAAUACAGCAACGAUUAAACAAAAUACAAUUACUACUUCUAAUAUAUUCAGUGCUGCUUCAUUAUCUUUUGGAGAGAACAAAUCCACUGUUUUCAAUGACAAGAAAUCAACUGGCUUUAUAUUUGGAGCACCAUCUUCUCAAUCGACAAUAAAUGAUAAAUUGAUAAUGAGUGAAUCAAUUGGUCAGCCUAAUAAACCUACAGAGGACCCAAAUAAUACGUUAACAAAAUGGUUUGGUAAUAGUAAUGUCAAAAUUUGUGAGCCAGUUGGUGCAAAUCAACAAUCUAGCAGUUUUCCUAGUUCUCAUGGAAAAAUACUUAACACGCCACAAUUUACUCUUCCUGCCAGUACAACUAUAACGCCUACAUUUGAAAAUACUAAAAAUCAAGUUUUUGAAAGUAUAUCAAAACCAGUGGAUACAGGAUUAACAAACUCAUUUUUAAACACGACAGGAAGCAGUUCAUCAUUAACAUUUACAAAUACAUUUAGUAAUUUACCAGCAACAACUGGGACUACUACUUCAGCAGCAAUAUUUAGCACUACACCCAGUAUAAUAGCAAAUCCACCUACUUUGAAAACAUCAGUAUUUGGUACUACAACGCCAUUUUCAAGUAAUAUAACUUUCGGUUCAACUGAUACUACAUUAGCAGAAGACACGUCCAAGAAAGAAGAUGAUGCACCUACUUUCUUUAUGCAUAGUAAUUUAACAUUUUCUGCAUUAGCUCAGAAAUCUCAACCAACAGAAGCUUUUAAACAAGAUCCAACAUUUUCUUUUGCUGGAACUGGUUCGUCCGUAUUUGGUUCUAGAACAACAUCAACAAAAACAGAAUCAAAACAAAACCAAUUAGAUGCAAAUAAAAAAGAUGAUAACGAUGAAGAUGAGGGUAAUGAGAAUGAAAACGAUCAGGAACAUGAUCCACAUUUUGAACCUAUUAUUCCAUUGCCGGAUGCUAUUGAAGUACGAACUGGCGAAGAAGAUGAAAUAAAAAAGUUUUGUAAUAGAGCCAAAUUAUAUAGAUACGAUAAUGCAACAAAAGAAUGGAAAGAAAGAGGAGUCGGAGAAAUGAAAAUUUUGUAUCAUGCCGAAUAUGGAACAUAUCGAUUAUUGUUACGUAGAGAACAAGUUUAUAAAGUUGUAUGUAAUUUUCUAAUUACCCAGGAUACAGAAUUCCGUCCUCUUUCUACAUCGAAUCGAGCAUGGAUAUGGGCAGGUAUGAAUCAUGCAGAAGAACCUCCAACUGUCGAAGAACUUGCAGUUAAAUUUAAAACACCAGAAUUGGCUGUAAAAUUUAAGGAAAUCAUUGACAGUAUACAAGAAACACUACGUGAAAGACAAAAUGAACAAGAUAUCAAGUAUAACAGUGAAAUUGUGCAAGAAGAUAAAGAGGAAUGUGUCGAAGAGUUUGAUGAUAAAAUUGAUGAUCAAGAGGAUAUUGACGAGGACGAUGAAGGCUCAAUAUUAUUUGAAAAAAGAGCAACAUUAUAUACUAAAUCAAAUAAUACAAUAGGAUUAUUUGAACCCGCAUGGGUACAAAUAGCUUUAGGAACAUUAGCAGUAUAUUAUGACUCAAAUAUUUUUGGUGAAAAAAUAAUAUUAAGGGCUGAUGAAACUGGAGAAUGUUUGAGUAAUACGAUAAUUACUAUGACCACCGAAAUGGAGCUCAAUGAAAAAACAUGUAUUUGGACUGCCAUUGAUCAUGCUUUGGAACCUCCUGCGAGUCGCAUUUUGAAAGCAGUCUUUUCGUCAGUUCAAGCAGCUGAACAAAUGCAUAAAAUUUACAUAUAUGGGUUGGAAUGUGCUAAACAAGCAGGUAUUAGUGAGCAAAUAGAAGAAAAAUGAUAACAUUUUUUGUAAUAGUUAAUUAAAACGAUCUCUCUUAUAAACAUAGAAUGUAUUGUUAUUGAAAUCACACUAGAGGAAACUUUUUACCUUACUUUGUAUAUUUUCCAAAAAUAGUCUAUAUAAAAACAAAUAGCAUUGAUGUAGAUAUUAAUUGACUAACGUUAUUAUAUAAUUUUUUAUUUUAGUCCAUGUAUUUAUCAAAAUAGUAUAAGUAACAAACAAACAAAAAAACAUGUUUUCAUAAUUUUAUUCUGUACUUGUUAUAUAUAUAUCUCUAAAAACCAUAAAUUAACUAGAGUACAUUGAAUUUUACUCGAUAAAUAAAAAACAAAGUGUGUG